GAAGAAGACGAAGACGAUUGGUAAGGAAGAACAAUAAUUCGAUCGUUUUCUUCUUCAAUGUUAUCUUUUUGGUCAGUUCGUCUUCUUCUCAUCUUCUAUUUUGUUGAAUAUUCCCUAUCGGCGUCUUCUUUUCUAGCAUGGCAUAAAGCAAGUAGUCAGCAAAUUGAAGCAGCAAAAAUCAUUGGAAUACAAGCUCGUCAUGUCUAUUCUCAAGCCAUCAAAUUGGACAGUCUCUCGGCAAAAGAUCGACAUUUGCUAUGUCUUGAUGGACUACAAAAAUGCAAUUCAAUUGAUGACGAAUUGAUAGCCGAUAUAGAAAAGAAUGUUGUAAAAAGAAGCUAUCGAAAAUCGGAUGCCACUGCUCUGAGAACCAUCGGGCUUAACAAAUUCUUCGCAGCUUUUGUCACUUUACCGCCCGUUGAUAUGAAGAAAGUUGUGAACUUUGCGUGUGCGAAACACGAGCAGCAACUUGAAUGUGGUCUUUAUUAUGAAGGAGAAGAAAAAACUAAUCAAAGAAUUGCUGAAUUAAUGCAAGAUGGAGCUAAUAGACAAAUGUUCGAGCACGAAUGUGUCGAAGAGGAUUAUGCGACAAGAGUUUAUCCAUGUCUUGGACAGACUCAGCAAUGGAUGGGUUCUUGUGAAAAGGAAAUCUCCGAGUAUUCAGUUCUUCGAGAAAAAGUGAAUAACAAGAUCAAUUCAGUAUAUAAUUCAGCAAUUCAAACUGUGAAAUCUUUAAAAGAGAGAAGAGAACAAGUAUUCACAGACACAAUGAAGUUUAUCAAUUAUGCAGAAGGAUCAAAGUGUCUUGCUUUUAAAAAGAUGCGUCUAUGUCUUCUCGAGCAAUUGGUUACCGUGUGUGGUGUCCAGACCGCCCGUGCUCUAAACACAACUCUUUCAGUUGGAUACUUGGCUUCUGAGAGAUCGAUUCGUCUUCAACUUGAUUUCGAAACAUUCGGAUAUCCAAGUCACCCAUUUUGUGAAAAACUGUAGAUAUAUGUUUCAUAUUUUAUACUUUAAAAGUGUUGAAUUUGUUGAAAUUUGCAUAUUGAUUCGAAUUGACGGGUUUCUGACUUUGAAACCAAAACGAUUGUAUAAUAAACUCUUGCCUAAU